AUGCCUCAUCCCAAAAACGCAAACCGGAUCUUCUACCCCUCUUACCACGAUCCAAUCACAUUCUACUCAUGCCUAGACCCCAAGAACGCUUUCGCCCACCUGAUGGACUGGCUGUACAACAAGCCCAACCUUCCCGACUUCUGGAUCGACACGCGCUGGUCCACACACGGACCGCUCGCGCACGCCAAUCAGCUGUACUUCAUCCCGAACAUUCUCCGCGGCGGUGUUUCCGUUCUUUGCUUCCGCAGUUUCCUGGAGGAAGUAGAAUGCUUCUUGUGGGUCCGCUGCUCGUUGAAGGGGUGGUUAAGUACGUACGCGGCGCUACGUGAUCAGUAUGGGAUUCCUAUGAUGAUGGUGCAGACGGUCAUGCGAAGGUUGGAGCCUGGAACGGUCCGCAGGACGGUGUUUGACAAGGCUGUCGCUUGGCUGGAGUGGCUGGAGCGUGAAGACGAGAGGAACAGGCGGAUGUUUCCUGACGUGCAGCUGAAUGUGAUAGAACGAAGUUGA